AUGGCGGACGAGCCGAAGAAAAAGGGCUUCUGGAACCUGCUGCGCAGCAAGAGUCUAGCAGCCAAGGGCGGGAAACUGAACCCGUUGAGGAGAGUAAGCGAAGGUGAUGUGACCGACCACAGGGGAAGACCUGACGGACCGGGAGAGGUUCCGCCGCGCCGCCGUAGGCCGAGGCGGACCGACUCGAACGCUGUCAAGGGCAAGGGCCGCGAGGAUGUACACGGCUCACCCUACGACUUCGGUCCCUUGACGGAAUGGCCCCCCUCGGGCAUGUCGAGUAGCGAAGAGCUGAACUUGGGCCCGGCCAUGCAGCUCAUCUCCAGAGGCGUGCCUGCCUUCAAGGGUUACAAGCGGCCAAUUCCCCAUGCCUCGGACCAUUACUAUGCGCUGUUCGCGACCGCUGCUGGGAAUCGUGGUGACGAAACGGACGCCGCGAACCAACACGACUCCAUGACGCAGCUCAUGACAGUACGUCUAGCCGAAUCAGGGCCGGCCGCCUACCCGUGGGAGACGCUAGAGCAACCUAGCUACGCGUUCUGCUUUGGCAAGCGCCCGGGCACCAUCACCCUCAACCACUGGGUGUCGCUCGCGAGUGUGGUGCCGCCCGCUAUCGACCUUCGCGAUCCAGGGGUGGCGCCGCGCAAGAUCGGACUUGAGGGCAUCUUUGCGCGUUUGAAAGAACUGGACAGGGGCCUGGAGGAUGAUGACGAGGAUUUGAUGUACAGGAAUCUCUACAAGCGGCUCCUGAACGACCCGGACAAGAGGCUCAGUCCGCACAAGACGCUGGAUAAACAGAUCAUGGAUCUGAUUAUGGUGCUUUCGCGACCGGACUGGAUAGAUUUCACCGUCCCGAAGAACCAGGUGGUCACGAAGUUCAUCUUUGACACGAGUCCGGCCAACAACCAGACCUACCAUAAGUUCUUCCACCAGCUCCUCCUCAGCUUGGAACUGGAACUGCGAAUCCAGUCCAGGCACCACAUGACUGAAGCGAAGGAGAAGCUCCUAACCCAGAUACCACCGAGGAUACAAUGGAAUCUGGCGCUCGCGCGCAGGUGGCACGACAAUAUCCGCGUCGAGGAAUAUGGCGAAGCUGCCGAGCAGGUCCAGCUGCGGUACAAACUCAAAAGGCGGCAGGUCAAAAUGCUUAAGCGCUUCGCACAGAUGAUGAAGUGGCCGAACCUCGCCGAAACGCUGGCGGCGCUCAAACGGCGCGACGCCAACUCGACACUCGACCUGGUCAGCUCGCAUGCCAUGGCCUUCUUCAGCGGGCUCGUCCUCCCCGGCCCAACCUUCCCCUUCCUCAUGAUGAACUCGCUCAUCGACAUCGACCCUGACAAAGCCACGGACGACCUGACCCUCCUCACUCACCAACACCCGAGCUGUGGCUUCCAAUACCGCAACAGCUACACCUACUGGACCGCGACCUCCAUCGUAGGCAAAGUCCUCGCGCCCACGUGUCGAUCUCUCGCCGGCUGGGUCGGCCCUGCGCGUCCCACCGUCGACCUCGGGCGCAACCAAAUCGCCCGCAUCCGGGCGCGCCGGCCGCCGAACCGGGUCACGCAAGAAGACAUCCGCUCUAUGAGCGAGCGCUCCGACCCGCUCGGCCCGCCGACCCAGGUCUUCCCGGUGAAGGAAUACUCUCUCGUAGCCCCCGACCGCGACGACGACGCCUACCUAGCCGACCUCGUGCGCAUCGAGCUGCUCAGCCUCCGCCCUUGCUCCGACCACCACCGGGGCCCGACGCCCUCCUCCCCGUCCUCGGGGCCCUCCUCCGCGCCGCGGUACUACGACGCAUCCAUCCAGUUCGCCAUCGAUGGCGUCUCGUGGCCGCUGCGUCUCACGUUCGACGUGUCCUUCGUCUCGGCUUGGCCCUGCUCCGACGGACCGCACCCGCUGUUCUUCGACUAUGUCUACACGCCGGUGAAGGCGGACCAGCUGGUCAAGGUCAGGGACUGGAACGGGGCGGCGUAUGGGACACAGCAGGACAGGCACGCGGGCAGUCGCCGGUCGCUCCCUAUUAUCAGCCCCCCCCCUGCCGCCAACGGGGUUGGUGCGCUAGGCGGGACGGGCGUGUCGAGCCCGAGUACGCUGAGCGGCGGCGACGAGGAGAGGGUGCUGGUCGUCGAGGCGUUUGGGGUGCCGGAUAAUGAGGUGCUGGCGAGAGCGUGGUGUGCGCACUGGGGGCUGAGCGCGGUUGUGGCGGAUCUGGGGAGGACUUGGUGA